GCACGCUCCAUUUUCAAUUUCAAGCGUUCAUUGUAGAAAUAUUUUCCGUUAUUCAAAAUUUUCGAGUAUUUUAACGAUUUCUCACUUUUGAUUAUUGUUUUUAAGGUUGUUACGUCCAAUUCUAUCGAUCAAGAUUCAAACAAAAUGAGUGCGGAAAAGUUGGACAAAAUUGAAAUGGAGAACGAAACCAAUGAAGAAACUGAAGUUUCCAUGGAAUCUAAGAAGAUGGACACAUCUAAUUCCGAGGAUAAACUGUCCCCUGGCCAAAAGCGGCACCACGAACCGGAUCCGGAUCGAAAUCCGGAGGAGGACCUGGUUACCGAACCACAAAAGAAGCUAUGCCGUUUUUAUUUUUUGGACCACUGUGACAAGGAGGAAUCUUGCAUGUUUAUGCAUUCGGAAUUUCCCUGCAAGUUUUACUAUUUCGGGUUGGAAUGCAGCGAAGGAUCCAACUGUAAGCUGCAUCACGGUCGGGCCCUGGCCAGCCCCUUAAAGGAAGCUCUGUGGGAUCACGUGACCAAUGCCCCAUCUAAUUUGAUGCAACGUUUUCCCUGCUUCCCACAUGCACUGCUGAAGAAAAACUUCGAAGAUCGACACUCGGAGCUGCUUCAGUGCGAGGAAGAAGGUUUGCUCUCAGAAUCGGGACAGUUGACGCCUCCUCUACCGGUGGAAGAAAAUAGAGUGUUCAAUCCUAACUCCUCAACCUUGCUGAGCGAGGUCAUUAAAACGGUUACAAAAUCUCCACCGAAACAUUCCGAGGCUGCGUUGCUGCAGCUGAGCGAGCUGGUCAAAAUUCUUUCCCCGGAACAAAUGAUUAAAUUGGCUAAUAUUGGAGUUGAAACCAUGGAACAGCUAAUGCAGAUGGGAGCCAAUUCUUUUUCAGAAAUUGGUUUCGAUGGAGAUACGCUAAACAGGAUCGAUGAUUUCAUCGAAUCGCAUCGGUUGAGUUCGAUCUACAGCAGCAAACCUGAAGAAUCUGACGAACAAACUAAUGAGAUGGGUUCAACGGAGAUAGAAAAUAUGAAUGUAUCCGAUGUUCCGAUCAAUCUUUCAGAGCCCGCCUUAACGGACAAAGAGCUUCUCAGUAUCCUGAAUGACGGAUCCGCAAACCUUUCUAACGAUAGUAAUUGGACAGCAGCUCGCAAUCCUGCUGAAUCGGAAAGCCAUCUAGAUUCGACAACAGAAAACAGUAUGACCAGUUGUGGCUCGGAUCUUGAGGGGUCCAACGAGAACCCAUCGCAAGAACAGCCGCAGCAAAAAGAAAUCAUCUCUGAGGAUCGACGUAACAUCGGAAGCCUGCUCAAUCAAGGAUACAGCUUAAGCGAGUUAAUCAAUUUGGACGCGAAGGAAGGUGUUGCUCUAAGCGUCUCCUCUUCCAUUACCGAAACAGCUAACAGUUCUGAUCACAACUUAAGCAGUGAGCUAGCUUCCAUGAAUGACCUUGGAGCGGUUCAGUUGAAUGAUAGUGGUUCCAGUAUCGAUGCCAACAACAACCUCAAGGUACUGCUGAGUUCUACCGUCGACAAAGAUACAAAAAAUUUGGAAUCCAUUGAAAGAACCGUAAACGAAUUGAAAAGGAUGGAUUCGCUUAUUUCUGAUACCUCUCAAGUUCAAGAAACCGCUGAAACAUCGGAUAGUGACGUCUCUAUGACUCAUACUGCCAAUGAUGAUAAGAUAAUAUUAGGCAAAUUGGAAGAAAGUUGCAACGAUAACCGACCCAAAAUUAAAUUGCCAUUUGAGUCCAUUAUUAACCACUACACCCCUGCUAAAGAAAUCGAAGCUAGUAACAGAAAGUUCCCAGCCGUUCCUUAUAAGUUGGUUCCCAUCGAUAUCCCGAGGCCCAAUUUCGAACGCAUUCGAAGAUCUUUCAUAACGCAGCCGACGUUCAGUUUGGAUCCCCGCAUUCAGCUGAUGUUUAACGUCGGUCCGGUGGAAGCUCGUCAUUUGGAUCACACCAAGAAAUUGGACCGGGAUCCGCGACUAAAGAAGCAGUCGUCCUGCUAGAUUGGAUGUUUUCUAUUUUUAAUAUUGACAUUGUUUUCAUUUUCUUUUUAUUAUUCAUUAUCAGUUUGUCUAUUCUUUGUUAAUUCUUCCUAUUGAACGACAACUUUUCAACUAACUAAGUGCCAUAGUUUUAAGACCAUGUUAAUUGAAACUGCUUAGAACAUACCUGCGGAUGACAGGUAUUCACCAUUUCAAUUCGAUGGAAUUUAAAUUUGUAGACGCAAAUACUCGUUGAAGACUGUUGAACAGAAA